CGACUCUACUGGCUCUACGGGGGAAAUGUCCGGGGCUCUGGCCUGGCCCAGCUGACGACAAGUGACCAAAACAAACCAAAUGUCAAGGGCGAGCUACGAAGACGCGGAAUGUUUUCCCGAGUUACCCAUAUUCACGAAGUAACUGGAAAUGGCAGCAUCCUCAAAACUCUGCUCUCCAUGCCCCCGGAGGAGAGGUACGGGGACGACGAAGAAGAACGCGCGCGUAAGCGUCGGAAGACCGAGGCCGACCGAGCCCGGCGUGCAAGCGCCUCAUCCGAGGAGAGGGCUUCGGCGGCUGCCCGUCGCCGCCAACGCUACGUGAGUCGUUCGUGCGAGCAGCGGGCGAAGGACGCCGAGGCUCGCCGUCGACGCUACGAGGAACACAACGAAGCCGUGAGAAACCGUCAUCGCUACGCCCACCGUUCUUCCGAGCAGCGGGCUAGGGACUCCGCAGCUCGUCGUCGACGCUACGAAGAACACGUUGAAGCCGCGAGAAACCGGCAACGCUACGCCAACCGCUCUUCCGAACAGCGGGCGAAGGAUGCCGAAGCUCGUCGUCGACGGUACGAGCGAGAGCGACAGGCGGCGCUCGAACCCGCGAUUCCCGGGUCCCCGUCCGAGAAGCUCGACCCUGGGGUUCACCCGACAGACCCAACGGAAGCUUGGGAGCUAAGCGGGCAGUCCCGAUUUUGCGGGGCUCAUUUCGUCACAGACCCUAGCAGCCUGCAGCAGCAAGCUUCAAAGCUGACAGCCCAGCCUUGUGAGGUGCCAGUUCCCUUCGUAACCCUUUGCGAUGACAACUUGCAAGGAGUGGCCAGCAACCAAGAUCUGUCCCCGUUGUCUGAGGAACCCCGAGAUGGGUCGAUGGAGCACCCACACACACGGCAGCCCCCUGAAGACUCAGAUGGUGAGGAGUCCAGCUGCCUGUUGAGAGUCACCAAGGACCUCCACUUCGGAUGUUGUUCCUGCACCUAUGUCACCAGUGCCCAGCAGAACAUAAUCACGCAUCUUCUGAUCUAUGCUGGCCUUGGAUGCCAGACUUGGAAAGAGACAAGACAUCCAACAAAAACCGUAAAGGGCGCUCUGUUCAGCUGCUGUUUUUGUGGCCAUGCCUCGAGGGAUCAGUGUGCCAUAAUCGGCCACCUCAUCGCCCAUUCUGCAGACCGACUGACUAUCCUGGCACCUGCACUGUGUGGGCCCUUUUCCGAAGGGGUGAGACUGGAGUCAACAGACCGUGGCUCACAACAGUGGAGCAUCUUUUGAGUGUCCACCAUGUCCAGCAGCAUUCUUCACAAAUGACAAACACGGCAGUCGCGCUUGAAAGCAUGCCAGGGAAAUGCCAUGCAAGUGCCGCCUCUAGUUGGCGUCGUUCGGUUUACGGUGUGCAUCGAGCCGUCGCGUCGCAAAAGGCAUGCACGUCGCAGACCUUUUGAGUGUGCCACUAGUCCGAUGGCCUUCUUUGAAAAGGAACCUUGCCUGGCACACGAGGACACACGCCGUGGACGGACCUUUCAAGUGUCAGGAAGUUCGUAAAUCAUUUGCUCACAAAUCCACUCUCUCCGGCACAUUCAAAUGCACAUGCGAAGCCUUACGAGAACCUACAGUGCUCUAUAUCACUGACUUUCAGUUAAAAGUGCAUGGACAAAAGGCCUUAGCAGGGCCAGCGAUGUGAGGCAGGGGUUCUCAAACUUUUCGGUUUCAAGGAGUGCCCAUCUCCUCUUUUCUUGGCACUGAUGUAGUAAUUCAGUGCAGAAGCUUACAGACUUUAUAGACGGCAAUGCACACGUUAGGGAGUGUUUGACCGAUACCUAUGCAUCAAUGGAUGGCUGAGAUCUUGUAAAACAGUACUUAAACUGAAGGUUGACUUAAAGGGGGGGCCAGUUGAGGAAAUUUAGGAGAUCAGGGAAACCCUGGGCUUUCAUUGUCUGUUUUGGGUUAAUACAAGUUUUACAAGCUCCUCUCACAAAGUUUUGUGUUGACCAUGUUUGGUGGUUUCCACCUCUCCACUCACUUCUCUCCAGCAAUCCCUCUGCUAAAGUGGAAGGACUCGAGAGAUUUGUGAGGAGGUCUUAAAACCAAAUGUCACGAGGUAUUUGCUUAUUUCGCAUAGUUUAGUUGGAGCUUUCCUUCGGUUAGGAGACAGUUUUAACAAUAAGUAAACCCUUCGGUGCAGCAGGUCUCAAGUUCUGCACUUGAAUGAGCUCUGCGAUUCACAAGAAAGCUUUUGUCGAACUGUCAUCUCCUUGUGUUGUCUCACAUCAAACAUUCUCUCAGUCAGGCUAAGGCCAAUUCACAUAUAUCUACAAUGCACUGCUAUCUCGGCGCUCAAUGAACACUAUGGACAACACCGACGUAGUGUUGUCUUGAAUGUAAUUAGCAGUGAUGCUUUGUUGUAUCGGCACCGUGCACUGAUACAGCGCAAAGUCAGACCUGCUGCAUCAGUGCUCAGGUCAGUGAAAUUUCCAGUGCUGACUUAGUGCUGUGCUGUAUUUGUCGAGAGGCCUCUAGAGGGACAACAGGGAACAAUAAAUGUGUAGUCGAACUUUGCUUUCA